ACACACACACACACAAUUUAAAUCCCUGUGUGCCUUACAUGCAGUCGACACUUAUUCACUCGAUGAGUCCAUCAUGGGAUGCUCUGGCCUGCUGAUUCUGGUUCUGAUCCCAAAUAUUGCUCACUGCUUGGAAAUUCUGGGUCCGGGUGGAGAGCCACAUCUUGAUAUCACACACAACAUCACGGCGGUCCUGGGAGAAGAUGUGUAUCUGAGGUGUAGAUAUAUGGGCGAGGGUGAGAUCCUGAGCGCCACGUGGAAACGACAGAUUAACACCAGAGUUAAAUCCAGACCACUGGCAGGAUUUACUGAUGACAAGCCAUUCAGCCGGUCUUCUGAUUUCUCUGAGCCAGAGUCUGUCACCAACCUGACAGUAAAGAUGAAUGUUUCCAGUGUAGACACAGAGGGAAAAUACAUCUGUGAGUUUGAGUCGGAGGAAGAGUCUUAUUCUGACAGUGUUUUCCUCACUGUAGUAGCUCGACCUGAAAUCCACAUCCAGGUGAGUGCAGAGACAAUAAACGGCACUCACUACCAGUCCGUGUCGUGCUCUGCUGUGGGCGGCCGGCCUGCAUCUCACAUCAGCUGGUUGGUUGCUGAUCAUCCUUCAUCGGAUCACCCUUUGACCCAACACACGGGUGAAACUGUUCACCCCAAUGGCACCUCCACUGUUAGCAGCACCCUCCGCUUCCCCACCCACCUGCAAGAUGAGGACAGUGUCGUCUGCAUCGUCCAACACCCGACCCUCCCAUCCCCCACACUCACCACAGUGAGGGUGGAAACGUACACGAGGCCAAAUGUGACCAUUAAAGCAGAGAUGGUACAACGAGGAGGGAGUGACUUCUGGGUGGUCUCCUGUAUUUCGUCUGGAGGGAGACCUGAUACCGAAAUCUCCUUGGCUUUGAACAGAGAAGAGGAGCAACAGAGGGAGGACAGCACAGACUCAGACACACAAACAAGCUCGGUCCUUCUCCCUGCAGAUCUGUAUGAGGGACACAAUGUCACCUGUUUGUUUGACCACCCCAAAUUUAAACAGAGAGUGUCACGAGUCAUAACCCUGCCAUCUUUUUAUAUAUCAGGAGUUCAUCUGUUGUACUCAGAGCUGCAAAGCAACUAUGAUAACUCUUUAGAGCUGCGGGAAGGACAGAGUGAUAUAGUCAUCAGCCUGCAGGUCACUGGGAAUGUGCCACGUUACAAUGUUACCUGCAAAAAAGACGAUGGACCCUUGCCUGAUGGCGUGGAGAUCAUUGGCAGUAGCCUCGCACUUCAGGGACCUCUGGAGCAGCAGCAUGCCGGUGUCUUUGAAUGUUUCCUCUCCUAUCACCAACUUCAAGCUAAUCUGACGUUUAAUGUCACGGUUAAACCUCCGGUUACAGAGCCAAUUCCUCCUGCUGUACGAGUUGAUGUGCAGACUAAAGAUGGACGCCGGGUGAUUGAGUGCUCAGCAGCUGAUGCUGUUCCUGCAGCCAACAUGUCCUGGCUCCUACCGGAGGGUGUGUCUGGAGUCUCUUGGUUCAAUUUCACUUCUCAUAAUGGAAGCCACUCAGUCAGAGGAGUUUUACUCCUCCCUGCCUGCUCGCCCCGGGAGCUCUCUGCAGAGUGUGUGAUAAAUCACCCUGCGUUCAAGGAGCCACAAAACAGAAGUAUAACACUCCCUCUUUGCGCUCACCCAAACAUCACCAUCAACUCCAGCACUGAGUGGAAAAACGGUGACAAGUACAUGAAUGUAGACUGCUCUGUGGACAGUGUAGCUACUGCAGCAUCCAUAACCUGGCAUGUCGGAGCCACUGAGAGCAGCAUCAGUCCUCUCUCAGAGACUUUAGUACACUCUGAUGGUUCUGUAUCUUUCCGUAGCUCCGUGCACUUCAUGUCCUCUUUGUAUUCUGGUCACAAUUUGACCUGCAUGGUGGAGCAUCCGAGCCUGGAGGCAGCAGAAAAAAGAACAAUACGCAUUCUUGUGCACAAAGCCCCUCAGCUGAGUGUGUCGGUGGUGAGACAGCAGGACUCUCUGCUCUGGCUGGCCGUGUGUGACUGCAGAGGGGAGGGUGACGGGGCAAACCUCGCCUGGCUUCUUCCCGAAAAUGCCAAAGAGCAAACAUCCCUGCACUCUGAGUCUGAAGGCCGAAUCCUGAAAGCAAGGCUGACUUAUCAGUUUGCUUUGGCCCCUCACGAGGGGCAGAACCUGACAUGUGUGUAUCAAUUCAAACACGGAGCCGCAGAGAAGACCAUUCACAUCCCCAGAUACUAUAUUUCCUCUUUAAGAGUCCUAAACCGCACGACCCCUCUGCAGAGCCGCUACGGAGGUGAACCCGUCGUAAACAGACUUGCUCUCCAGGAAAAUCAUCAAAACCAGAGAGUACUGCUGCAAGUCGAAGGCAACGUGCCAGAGUACAACCUCAACUGUAAAAGGAGUGAUGGCUUAGUUGUCCAAAUGAAUGGGGCUGCUAUGGUUUUCCCAUCAGAGCUGACGGAGCAGGAUGAAGGUUUGUACACCUGCCGGGCUUCGUUUUAUCACCACACAGCCUCAGUCAACAUCCAAGUCGAGGUCGCGUGCCAGGACAAACAGUUAGCGCUGGUGAUCAUGAUCUGCCUCUCUUCAGCCUUGGCCAUUGUUCUCAUCCUUGUGGUCACCCUCUGGGUGUGCUGCAAAACAAAUGACGUGCCAAAUCAUAAGAAGCGAGAGUCUCUCUCGGCCUUGACGACUCUGAUGCAGGAGCCUUCCUCUCCUGGUGCAAAGAAACCAUCAGUGACAGAGAAGGACAGUAAGGAGUACGCUCAACUCAUCAGCUACUCCAUAGUCAUCGAUGUCAAGAGUGACGUGUGAAGAUUAGAGUUCUUUUGGAUGACACAUUCAUCUUUACAUUUUUCACAGUGAACAAAUGAGGGGCUUACUCAAACUGUAGCAACGGCAAUUUUUUUAUUUCUGUAUAUUUUUCUUUUCAUGUGAAUAUGGCAUUAAAAGUUGAAGGAUUUUGUUUAUGUGAUGGAAUCUGUUUUUAUGUCAACAGUCCAGUUGAAUUGGCAUUAAUCAUUUUAAAUGCAUUAUUUUACACUUUUUAUGUACGUACUUGAACUUUCUGUUGAUAUACUGAGCCUCUAAUUUUUGAUAUUUGUGAAUAAAAAGUUCCAAGAUUG